UGUAUGGUUUUUUUUCUUUCUUUUUUUUUUUCUUGUUUUUGUUUUUACCCGAAACAAUUUUCUUCUUUCCAUCAAUCAAGCAAGCACGAUGAGCUGUUGCAUGAAUGACGAUGACCCUUUUCCCGCUGACGAGUGUUUGUUCACUGACACUUUUUCUCAGGACAGCGUUUAUAACUUAAUGGGACAAGAGCUGAGCAUCAUACAGUUAUUCGGUGCAAACCUCGGCGUGGCUGCUCCAGUGUGGGAAUCCGCAGUACAAUUGUGUCGAUACUUUGAGGGUCAUAGUGUGGAGUGGCGUGGGAGACGCGUCAUCGAACUGGGAUCGGGAACUGGUGUUGUUGGCAUUGUGGCUGCUCGCCUCGGUGCAGAUGUGACCCUCACUGACCUUCCCAUGACUCUUCCACAGCUUGAGGCCAAUGUCUGUGCCAACAUGCCAUCCAGCGGUUGGCCAUCUGCCCCUCCCACUGUCCUCCCUCUGUCCUGGGGUGAGGACCACAUGAAGUUCCCCUCAGACUGGGACCUGGUGCUGGGCGCAGAUAUCGUUUACAUCCCCAAACUGUUUCCACUGUUAGUGGACACGCUGGCUCAUUUGUGCAAGAAAAAAGGUGUGGUUUACCUCUCCUCCAAAAUGCGGAAAGAGCACAAGACGGCAACAUUUUUCAAAGAGCAUCUGCCAACAAGAUUUAAUGUACAACUUGUGCACCGCUAUGACAAUCUAAACAUUAAUAUUUAUAGAGCAUCUUUUAGAAAAGCCCGUUAAGAGCACCGACAUUUUUACCAAGGGUAUGAUUUAACAAUUUUGGAUAAGAAGCAAAUGUCACAUUGUCACUUUUAUAUCAUAAUUUUUAAAAAGUUAGUUUACAUUUUUUUUAUAGUCGGUACUACAUCUGUCUCACAGUUGAAAGGGUCUGGGUUUGAAUCUCUACUCAGCACUUCCUGUGUGGAUUUUGCAUGUUCUCGUCAAGUUUAUGUGCGUUUCCUGCAGAUACUCUGCUUUUCUUCCACAUUCCAAAAUUGGAUCAUUUUGGAUUAAAUUAGGUGUGAAUGUGAGUGUGAAUGGUUGUCAGUUUUUAUGUGCCCUGCAAUUGCCCAGCGACCAGUUUGGAUAGUACUCCACUCCAGAGUAAAUAGGGCAAAAUGAAUGGCUGGAAUUUAUGAUUAAAUUUCAAACAAAGCAUAUUCUACAUUUCAUGUUUACUUAAUUCUCUUGAGAAACGAU